AUGUGUACGAAAAAUUGCUGUGUAUUAAUCGUAUUGUUGUUUAUCAUACCGUUGAUAUUCUGGAAUUUAUCAUCGUAUGUCAACAAAAAGUUUUACAGCUGCUUUUCAACGAGAGAAAAUCUAAAAUAUAGUUCAUUAAAAUUAUUAUUAUUAUAUCAUGAUAAAACAACUAAAACAAAAGAAUAUUAUCAUUUACAUUUAAUAUUGAAUGAUACGCUUUAUAUAUUUGAAACGGAAUUUCGUAUAUGUGAACAAACCAAAAAAAAAUGGCAUGAUGAUACUAGAUAUCGUAUUGAUGGAACAAAAUUAAGUAAAAUUAAUCAAUUAAAAUUGGAAAAUGUUUUCAAACCAAACGAUCAAUUAUUAGUUUAUCGUUUUCGUAUUAAUGUUACAACAAGUAUUAGUGUAAUACGUAAACGAAUGAAAAAAUAUCGUUAUUUAAUUAAUACAAAUUUACCGCCAAUGAAUUGUAUUACGGAUGCAUAUAAUUCAACAAAAGAAACAGCAACAACAACAACAACAACUUCAACUGAAUCAUCAAAAAAAGGUUAUCUAAUUUUUUACCUGAAUGAUGAAUUGAUAACAAAAAUUUUGGAACAAAAACAAAAAUUACCAAAAAAUACAUAUAUUUCAACAACAGAUUGUCCACCUGGUAGUAAACGUCGUAGAAAUCGUCGUAAUGUUGGUGGUCGUAGUAGUAGUAGAAAUCGUAGAAAUAGUCAAUCACUUCAAUCUGGUAUUCUUGAUCUUGAUUGUAUUUUUGGUGAUUAUGAUUAUAAUAAUGAUUAUCAUGAUUCGGAUAAUGAUGAUCAUAAAGAAUCUUCAUCAUCAUCAUCAUCAUCAUUCAAUGAAAAUCGACCACGACAACUUAUUUUAGUUAUCGAUAUGAUAUCAAUAUCAUUUACAAAAUUAAUCGAACAACCACAGGAAGAAAAUUUAUUUAAUCGAAGACAAACAUCAUCAAAACCGGAAUCAAUUUUUAUCCAAUGGAUUAUUGAAUUAUAUACACAAACGUCAACAUCAAUUAUUGAAAUAAGUAACCAGGAUCGGAAUCAUGACCACGAUCAUGACAACGAUCAUGACCACGACCACGACCACGACUACGACCACGACCAUGACCAUGACCAUGACAAAGAUCAUAAAGUAAAUUCAACAAAAUUUUGUUCCGGACAUAUACCAUUCGGUUAUGUACAUCGAUCAUUCGUACAUAACAAAUGA